UUCCGCGCCCUGCGAUCAAUGUAGAGCGAACCAGCGCCAACCGCACGAUUCGUUCCAAAAACGAUCGUCGUCGAUCGUCAACUGCCCGCUUUUGAGCCGAGAUUGAUAACGAAAGACCCGAACGCAGCAGCAAUAUGUUGAUGACGGCACGCUACCGCGACGUGAUGCUGAUGUGUUUGGCGGUCCUGCUGUUGGGGACCGGAUGUGGUCAGGUGUGUGGCCGAGCAGUACCGCAUCACAGGCUUCGAGGAGCUGCAUCGGUUGGACGUCUGCAGAAUGUGACGCUCACGAACGCUUCGCUGUCCCCCAUAGGACGACUAGGCGGAGAGGUGUCCCUGGAGGGAUGUCUAAUCGAGAACUUCGGUCCGGCACUGUUCGGACUGCUGGUGCGGACAGAAUGUCUGACGCUUCGGGGUGGAUUCAUUCCCACCGUUACAUUCAACUCGCACGCGCUCGAUACACUCGUGAUCGAUGCGACGGGGCUGAAGUUGUUCGAUGUGCUUCCUUCCGAAGUCGCUUACGCCAAGCUGCGGAUCCUUCAGAUAACGCGUACCAAGCUCGAGCACCUCACAUCGAACCUGUCACUGUUGGUGGGCCUUAAACGGCUGGAUCUCUCCCAGAACCAACUAGCGUACGUCGAUCUGGAUGUGUUGGGAGCGAUGCAACGGCUGCGCGAUCUCGAUCUGUCUGUGAACAGGAUUGUUCGAUUGGACGCUUCGCCCGAGCUGCAGCUGGCGGGCCUCCGCAACCUCUGGGUCAGCUACAACCGAUUGCGCUCGUUCGGGGCUUUCCCGGGUGCGUUCCCGGCCCUAGACACGGUGCGCUUGAUAGGCAAUGCGUGGCACUGUGCAUGGGUGGACCGGGCGCGGGCCAACAUCAUACGUCACGGGAUCACGGCUUUCGGGGCUGAUUACGAUUGUCCCGGCGAGCGCCAGGGUGGACUUUGCUGCUACGGCGGCGCUGAUGACGUGCUCGGUGAGGAAGAAGCGCAAACGACGACUUCGACGCCGCUUGAUACAGGGAUUGGAACGCAACCGGCAAACGGUGAUGAUCUCACGCUGCGAGAAUCGAAUCGAAGUACAGAACCGAUAGGCGUACGGUACGGUGAUGUGGAGAUCUUUUUGUGAGUGAAUGUUGUGCUAAAUAAACUCCUUUGAAGAAAUUGUUUACAUUACUAUUAAGGA